AUGCAUUUACCAAACCCAUUUGACAUCUUAGUAAUUACAAUCAAUUCAAAAGUUCAACACUUCUACAGCAAAGAAGAAAACUCUACUACUCGACAAACAUACUGCAAAUCGUACAAACAUUCAACACAAAUGAAUCACCACCAUCGCCAACAGCAGCAGCAGCAACAGCAACAUCCUGUAGAAAAACCAACAGGCCUGAUUUUACAGGAUGCAUGUUCAAGCUUAACACAAAAUCUCCAAAUGCAAUCCAUCAAUUCCUAUCAAGACAUAAGCUCUCAAUAUAUUGAUCAGGUUGUGGAAAUUGAAAUGAAACGUUUAAAAGCCAAUUGCAUGCGAGAAGAAGAAAAUUAUGUCGAACAAAUGCUUUUGGAAAAUCCCAUAAUUGUCGAAAGACGUCCAACACCCACAACAUUACCAGCAUCAUCUCUACUAACUGAGGCAAAUAAUGAUGAUGGUGCCACUGAUUACUGCCACUCUAAUGUAAUGCUAGCUGAUGCUGGCAACGACGAAGAAACACUAUUCCAACAGCAACGUUCAGAGUCUUGUCGUCGUUCUCGCAUCAAUAACAAAAUUAAAAAAGCCCAAACUAAAUAUCGUCAUAAGUUUAUGUCGAAUAAGCUGCUGCAAAGUGCCAACGUGUUGGAAUGCUUACAGAAGCUGAUUGAACAAACGGAAAAUCAACUCAUCAAUCAGGGAUUCGAUGCGUUGCAAUUGCUUCAAUUAAGAAAAGUUUUUUAUAAUGAUUUUACGGAUGCGGAGUAA